AUGUUGUGCGUGCAGUGUGGGACAAGGAGCAAUCCGUGCCGGUGCAAGGUGGUAGGGCCCACAGUGGGAAUUCUGGCAUGUGCGGUGGCGGCAGUGGUGGAGUGGCCCAUAGGUGCGGUGGUGUAUAUUUUCCGGCACAUGAAGGGCCGGCGCAUCAUGGCUCAUCCGGUUAAUGUUGUGUACCCCCGUGUGUCUAGUUCAAUUCCCAUUUAG